CCCGAGCGCGCGGGGGCGCAGUGAGGGCGCAGGGCGCGGCAGGAGCGCUCCGCCCGGCCCCCCGCGCUGCCUCCAGUCCUCCAGCCCGCGCCGAAGUGCGCCCGGAGCCGCGGACGCCAGGGAAGACUCUCGCCCUUCGGUCGCCUGCAGCCCCAGUCCCGGCAUGUCGCCCUCGUCGCUGCAGCCCUGGCGGUGGCCCUGGCUGCUGUGCGCCCUCCUGCUGGCCAGCUCAGCGGCCGCUUCCCAGAACCAAGAACGGCUCUGUGCAUAUAAAGAUCCAUAUCAACAAGACCUUGGGAUAGGUGAGAGUCGAAUCUCUCAUGAAAAUGGAACAGUGUUAUGUUCAAAAGGUAGCACGUGCUACGGCCUUUGGGAGAAGUCAAAAGGGGACAUAAAUCUUGUAAAACAAGGAUGUUGGUCUCACAUUGGAGAUCCUCAAGAGUGUCACUAUGAAGAAUGUGUAGUAACUACCACACCCUCCUUAAUUCAGAAUGGAACAUACCGUUUCUGCUGCUGUAGUGCAGAUUUAUGCAAUGUCAACUUUACUGAGAAUUUUCCACCUCCUGACACAACUCCAUUCAGUCCACCUCAUUCAUUUAACCGAGAUGAGACAAUAAUCAUUGCUUUGGCAUCAGUCUCUGUACUAGCUGUUUUGAUAGUUGCCUUAUGCUUUGGAUACAGAAUGGUAGCAGGAGACCGAAAGCAAGGUCUACACAGUAUAAAUAUGAUGGAGGCAGCAGCUUCAGAGCCCACUCUUGACUUAGAUAAUUUGAAACUGUUGGAGCUGAUUGGCCGAGGUCGAUAUGGAGCAGUAUAUAAAGGUUCCUUGGAUGAGCGUCCAGUUGCUGUAAAAGUGUUUUCUUUUGCAAAUCGUCAGAAUUUUAUCAAUGAAAAAAAUAUUUACCGAGUGCCUUUGAUGGAACAUGACAACAUAGCUCGCUUUAUAGUUGGAGAUGAGAGAAUUACUGCAGAUGGGCGCAUGGAAUACUUGCUUGUGAUGGAGUAUUAUCCCAAUGGGUCUCUAUGCAAGUAUUUGAGUCUCCACACAAGUGACUGGGUAAGCUCUUGCCGUCUGGCUCAUUCUGUGACUAGAGGACUGGCUUAUCUUCAUACAGAAUUACCACGAGGAGAUCAUUAUAAACCUGCUAUCUCCCAUCGAGACUUAAACAGCAGAAAUGUCCUGGUGAAAAAUGAUGGAACCUGUGUUAUCAGUGACUUCGGGUUAUCCAUGAGGCUGACAGGAAAUAGACUGGUGCGGCCAGGGGAAGAAGACAAUGCAGCCAUCAGUGAGGUUGGUACAAUUAGGUACAUGGCACCAGAAGUGCUGGAGGGAGCUGUGAACCUGAGGGACUGUGAGUCUGCUUUGAAGCAAGUGGACAUGUAUGCACUUGGACUGAUCUACUGGGAAAUAUUUAUGAGAUGCACAGACCUCUUCCCAGGUGAAUCUGUACCAGAAUACCAGAUGGCUUUUCAGACAGAAGUUGGAAACCAUCCCACUUUUGAAGAUAUGCAAGUUCUUGUGUCUAGGGAAAAACAGAGACCCAAAUUCCCAGAAGCCUGGAAAGAAAAUAGCCUGGCAGUAAGGUCACUCAAGGAGACAAUUGAAGACUGUUGGGACCAAGACGCUGAGGCACGGCUCACUGCACAGUGCGCUGAGGAGAGGAUGGCUGAGCUCAUGAUGAUAUGGGAAAGAAACAAAUCUGUGAGCCCAACAGUCAACCCAAUGUCUACUGCUAUGCAGAAUGAGCGCAACCUGUCACAUAAUAGGCGAGUGCCAAAAAUUGGCCCUUAUCCAGAUUAUUCAUCUUCUUCAUAUAUUGAAGACUCUAUCCAUCACACUGAUAGCAUUGUGAAGAAUAUUUCCUCUGAGCAUUCAAUGUCCAGCACACCUUUGACCAUGGGGGAAAAGAAUCGAAACUCAAUUAAUUAUGAACGACAGCAAGCACAAGCUCGAAUCCCCAGCCCUGAAACAAGUGUCACCAGCCUGUCUACCAACACAACCACCACGAACACCACUGGCCUCACUCCAAGUACUGGCAUGACCACUAUAUCUGAGUUGCCAUAUCCAGAUGAAACAAAUCUCCAUGCCACAAAUGUUGCACAGUCUAUUGGUCCAACCCCUGUCUGUUUGCAGCUGACAGAAGAAGACUUAGAGACCAAUAAGCUAGACCCAAAAGAAGUUGAUAAGAACCUCAAGGAAAGCUCUGAUGAGAACCUCAUGGAGCAUUCUCUUAAACAAUUCAGUGGGCCAGAUCCACUGAGCAGUACCAGUUCUAGCUUACUGUACCCACUCAUAAAGCUUGCAGUAGAAGUGACUGGGCAACAGGAUUUCACACAGGCUACCAAUGGGCAAGCAUGCUUAAUUUCUGAUGUUCCACCUAGUCAGAUCUAUCCUCUUCCUAAGCAACAGAACCUUCCUAAGAGACCUACUAGUUUGCCUUUGAACACCAAAAAUUCAACAAAGGAGUCCCGACUAAAAUUUGGCAGUAAGCACAAGUCAAACUUGAAACAAGUAGAAACUGGAGUUGCCAAGAUGAAUACAAUCAACGCAGCAGAACCUCAUGUGGUGACAGUCACCAUGAAUGGUGUGGCAGGUAGAAACCACAGUGUUAACUCUCAUGCUGCUACCCAGUAUGCCAAUGGGGCAGUAUCGUCUGGCCAGACAACAAACAUAGUGGCACAUAGGGCCCAAGAAAUGCUGCAGAAUCAGUUUAUUGGUGAAGAUACCCGGCUAAAUAUUAAUUCCAGUCCUGAUGAACAUGAGCCUUUACUGAGACGUGAACAGCAAGCUGGCCGUGAUGAAGGUGUUCUGGAUCGUCUCAUGGACAGGAGGGAACGACCACUGGAAGGUGGCCGAACUAAUUCUAAUAACAACAACAGCAAUCCGGGCUCUGAACAAGAUGUUCUUACGCAGGGUAUUUCAAGCACAGUAGCAGAUCCUGGUCCAUCAAAGCCUAGAAGAGCACAGAGGCCCAAUUCUCUGGAUCUUUCAUCCACCAGUGUCCUGGAUGGCUGUAGUGUACAGAGUGAGUCAAUACAGGAUGGCAAGUCAGGAUCAGGUGAAAAGAUCAAGAAACGUGUGAAAACUCCCUAUUCCCUGAAGCGGUGGCGCCCCUCUACUUGGGUCAUCUCCACUGAACCACUGGACUGUGAGGUCAACAACAAUAGCAGCGAUCGGGCAAUUCCUUCCAAGUCCAGCACCGCUGUUUACCUUGCAGAUGGAGGCACUGCCACAACCAUGGUGUCUAAAGAUAUAGGAAUGAAUUGUCUGUGAAAUGUUUUCAAGCUUAUGGAGUAAAAUUAUUUUUUGCAUCAUUUAAACAUGCAAAAGACAUUUUUAAAAACUGCUUUAUCUUCCUGUCAGCACCCCUUCCCAUACCUGCAACAAGGACUUGCUUUAAAUAGAUUUCAGCUAUGCAGAAAAAUUUAGCUUAUGCUUCCAUAUUUUUUAAUGUUUUUUAAGUUUUGCACUUUUUGUCUAGUCUCGCUAAAAUUGUCUGUUAUGACCACAGAAUUAUGCGUGUGUGUGUGUGUGUAUCAAAAGUGGUCUCAAAAUAUUUUUUUAAGAAAAAGCAAAAACAAUGUAUUGCUGAUAAUCAGUUUGGACCAUUUUCUAAAGGUCAUUAAAACAGAAGCAAAUUAAGACAGGUUUGACUGCAAUGGUGUCUGAUACCCAUGUUUUAUUUCUGGGCACAAGCUAGUUUGUUCAUUUUCAUACCUAUAUUUUGGACAUUUUUUUCUCUUGUAUUUUGUUUGAAUGUGCAAUAGUCUAUAGAUCACAGAUAAGCUUUCUUAUAAGCUCUCUUCCUCACAGGGCACACAUUCUUCCAUAAUAUAAUAAUGUGUCUCCCAUUCUUCCAUAAUACAAACAUUUUGUUUUGCCAUUGCCUAUGCGUUUUGUAGAUCAGUUUUAUGACAGUGAAUUUUGCCCAUGAGAAAGCAGCCACCCAAUUUCUGCUUUCUUUCUUCUUAUAGAAAGUGUAGAAUCAUUAUCUCAAAGGGCUUUGAAGAAGAAACUACCAAAACCCAUUCAGAAUGACAUUUCUUUUAACCUUCCAAAUCAUAAUUAUUUCCUUCCAGGCAUUUUUAAGGAAGUUCAUAAGAGAGCAUAGAACAAGAUACAGGAAAUCAAAUGUUAACUUUUUUCAUUUUAUUUUUAUUUUUCUAUAUAUGUUUAUGUUCCAUAUUCAUUUAUUUAAGAAAUAAAUUUUUAUUGGAAAACUUGUAGAGCUAAACUUACAUGAAAUUUUUAAGUUUAUGGUUAAGAUAAUAUAGGGUCAUAAUUCUCUAAAAAGGUCAUUUUUGACACAAAACUAAUUUCCUCUUCUAACUUUUAAAGUAAUUCAUAGUCUUGAACCUGUAUUAACUUUUAUGUUGUCCCCAAGCAAAGCCUGGUGCGUUUAUCUGAAAAUGUUUUUCCUUCCCAUGAUCUGAAACGCUGGAGAAGUCAUCCAGCUGCAUGCACCUUUCUGUGGAGGGUUGCUGCCACAUUUACAUUUCUGAGCAAACUGAGAUUUACCAUCUUUCUUUGCAAAACUUUAUUUCUUUGCUAUCUUGUUUUCAUAAUUUCUCCUUUUGCCAGCUUCUCACAUAUUUGUUUGACAUGUGAACAGCAUUUGUUACUUAUAUUUUAUUGGAGUAUACUUUUAAUGAUAACAUACCCUUGAAAUCAUCCUAUUUUUAAAAGUUUCCCUUUGCUUCUUUCAUUACUAAUAAUGUCUAAAACAGUCUGGUUUUGUUUUUUGUUUUUUUUUAAUAAAGCACUUUCUGUCAAAAAGGGAAUUUUUUUAAAAAAAGAAACUAUCAAUUUGCAAACAGUGAUCAUAUUUUCAGAUUCUGAGUACUUACUAGACAAUAACUUAGAACUAGUCUAAAUUCUAAGAUUUUUCAGGGAGGUAAAACUAAGAAUAAGAGAAAAACAGAUCCCCAAUUUCCUGAUUUAGAUUAUUUCUUGAAGAGUAGUGUUUCAUCUAUAUUCCUCUGUCUUUAUCCUUUAGCUUAACAUAAAAUACAUUUUUCAUUUUUCUUUGCAAAAUAUCUAUGACCUUUUUUAUGUAAGCCUCCUGUUACUUAUCAUCUGCUGUGACCUUAUGAGUUAGAUGCUGCAGCUUAUUUUUCAGCUGCAUUGCUGAACACAGUUGUCAAAGUAUAGAAUUAAGAUCAUCUUACUAGUGCCCAGGAUUUCUACCUUUCUGUGUUACUGGCCCCUCUCUUGAUUCAGACCCUUAACAUAUGUUUUAGUCUCUUGGCAUAUCCUUUUUUUUUUCAUAUACUGAUGAUCAUUUAUCUCUGUAACAAACUGUCUUAUCUUUCCCAGUAAAUAUUUACUUAGUUCUCUUUCAAAUACAUUCUAAGAGAUUAUUUUCAAAUAUUUCUGGGACAUCUUUGAAUAAAAAUAUGCUUCAUCUCCAACUUGCAGCACUGAGAAUAAAUUACCAUUUGAGGGCUAACUCAUCUUUUCCUGUCAGAAUAGGCAUUAUCUUGCAU